UGAUUGGGGUCUACGGCUUUGUCUGUGAAUCUUGGCUCUAAUCAAAUCUCGGACACUCGCGGAGUUGCGAUGCGCGUCCCUGUUCCAAAGUUUUGAAACUUCGUAAGUGUCAAGUGAUCCCUAAAGCCAUAAACCUCCUCCUUAAACGCUUAAAACCCUCUGCAACUUUUACGGUUUCUCUUGCAUUUCGACUUCCAUUUCAACUUCUUUUGUUCGUUCUGCCUUUUUUUUUUCUUUUCUCUUACGUUAAAUCUCAGAAGUUUUGGUUUAGGGCCAAGCGAUGCAGUGACAUUACAAAUGCCAGAGACGAAUUGAGGUUCUGUGCUAUUAAGCGUUUGCAUGGGUGAAAAUUAGGGUGGUCUUGAGAAAUUUCUGUUCUUGGACCUUAAUCCUUGGAGAGUGGGGGAAAGGGGAAUUUUUGAGGUGGGAUGAAUAGUGUAUUCAGUGAACAGAUACUUGCGGACAAGCUUUCUAAGCUUAACAACACCCAGCAGUGUAUCGAAACAUUGUCACAUUGGUGUAUUUUUCACCAGAAGAAGGCAGACCUUGUUGUUGCAACAUGGGACAAACAAUUUCAUAGCUCUGAGAAUUCACAGAAAGUUCCAUUUCUAUAUCUUGCCAAUGACAUCCUACAGAAUAGCAAGCGUAAAGGCAAUGAAUUUGUUAGUGAAUUUUGGAAGGUUCUUCCUGCAGCAAUUAAGGACGUUAAUGAGAACUGUGAAGACCGUGGGAAGAGUGUGGUAUCUAGAUUGGUUAAUAUCUGGGAAGAAAGGAGAGUGUUUGGACGAGCUCGGGGCCUUAAGGAUUUAAUGCUCGGAAAUGAGCCUCUGCCUCCUCUGGAGCUUGGCAGAAAACGUUCACGCUCUGUUAGAAUCAUGAAAAGGGAUUCACGCUCCAUAAGAACUAAAUUGGCUAUUGGAGGUUCUGCAGAGAAGUAAGUUGAAAUAAAAUGUACGGGGAAUGACCCCAAGCGGACAAGUUUGGCAAAUGAAGUAGAAGAGGAAGAAAACCUUUUGAAACAAUGCAUUGAAAAACUAAAAUCAUUUGAAGAAACAAGAGUGGCCCUAGUCUCUCAACUAAGAGAGGCACUACAUGUGCAGGAAUCCGAAUUGGAGAAUGUUCGCACUCAAUUGCAGGUCGCGCAAGCCCAAGUGGAGGAAUCCGUCAACAUGCGGAAGCGGCUCAAAGGUGAAAAAGUUGCACCAAAAAAGUCAGCUGCAGCAAUUGCAGCUGAGGUUGCUGAUAAGUUGGCAGCUUCUUCCUCUUCACAAUCUAUCAUGUCUUCUGUUCUGUCAACAUUCGCAGCAGAGGCGGCAAAAAAUGCUGGACUGACCACAUCCUCAACUCCCUCAAAUUCAUUUAGCUUGGCCCCAGUUGCUUCAUUUACAGAUACAAGGGCUAAAUUUGAUAAUCCCAUGCCUGUUGCAGAUUCCAAUGUCUAUGUUGCUACUCCUUCACAGCAACAGCAACUUUCUAGUACUUAUUCUCAGCAGCUUGCUGGUACUUAUCAAACAGCCUUGGUUCACCAACCACUGAUACAAGCCCAAGCUUCAAGUGCCCAAACUCAGUAUCAUAUGAUUCAAAACCCUCCUUCCCAGCAAUAUGUGCAGCCAUCAGGAGGGGUCACCAGUGGAUUGCCUUAUGGGUAUGGUAGCUUGCCACCUCUACCACCAGGUCCACCCCCACCUCCACUUACAAGGCUUGCAACGCCAUUAUUGGCUCAGCAGAUGCAAGUUCCCCAAACCCCGCAGCAACCAAUGCCAUUGAUUCAGCAACCAACUGUACAGCAACAAAUGCCAUUGAUCCAGCAACCACCUGUACCUCCAAGUUUCCGGCCGCUUCAACCUAUGGGGAUGAUGUACUACACACAUCAUCAUCAUCAUCAACAACAACCACAAUGACUCCUUUGUCAUGUGGAGCAUAUUGCCCUAAUUAAUUUAAACAAAUAUUUCUGCAACAUAAUAAACCUAUUUACAUUUUUAGGAAAAAAAUACAACAGGUAAGAGUUUUAAAA